UCUGAGAUUUUGGUAAGGACUGGAAUGCUGUACAGAGACACUGAUUCAGAAGAAGCAAAUGAAGUCUUUCUAGAGUCUGGCUUGGAGAACGGACUUAAUCCAGUGGAGAGGGAGCAUGAAUGUUCUAGUGGUCUCAGACACCAGCAGAAGGGACCUGAUCUGGAACAGCUUAGAGAUGGUGGAAGUCAAACCUCCUGCCCAUCAGACUCCAGAGCCACUUCUGUCAUGUCUAACAUCAGUGUGAGGUCCUGGAGGAGUGGAGGGGGACCUCAUCGAGUGUUUGUACCCCACUCCCCCCUGGAUCUGAAGAUUGGUCACAGGGUCCGAAUCAUGUUACCCUCUGGACGGAUCAGCACCGGCACCUUACGCUACCUGGGAAACAUACAAAACUCUCCCGAUUACCAUCUUGGCGUAGAACUGGAACUGGCUGAUAAUGGACAACAUGAUGGCACCUAUGAGGGUCAGCGCUACUUUUACUGUGACCCUGGACAUGGUGCGUUUGUAGCAUUCAGUAAAUUGUUAAUGGCUUGGGAGUAGAUGCUCUUAUCGGAAGAAUUAAGCGAAGACUCUCCAGGCCGCUCAAGGGCACUCUUGCAACCGUUCGCUUUCUGGAUCCACAACAGAGCACGGCGAUGAUGAAUUAUCUUUGUAGGCCAACCCAGAACAGCACAACUGGCUUUUGGAAUAUUGCAGAAAUUCGAAACGUGCAAAAAAAACGCGGUUUGCUUUUAAUAGCACGCAAUAGGAUGAUUAUAAACACAAUGUGGCUGUGAAACUGGGUAGAGAGUAGAUGAGUUUACCUGUUAGACGUUUAGUGUACCAGACAACCUCUGCGGUCACAUUUAGUUACUUGGUGGUGACCAGACAAAAAGUGAUAUCUUAGGCUUGCGUUAACCACUUUAGGCAUUUAUGAAACCCAUUAAAAAACUACGGGACGAUAAAUACGUAGGUGCUAAAAUGCUAACUAUUUACACGCUUGGACUACAAUAACACUAACUGUGUAUGGUGUAUCUCUACUAGUAAAACAAUAAGUUAUAACUGGCAAACAGGUGAAGGGGGUCAUUUAUGCACCAUAUAUUAUAGCAAAAAUGAUUCAUAUAGCAUUUGACCCCAAAAUCGCGCCAUUGGAUGGCAUCGGCCUAUGAGUGUAUUAGCUAUUGGUGUCUCUGCCUAUUAAUAAGCUGCCAUUUUUCCCAAGAAAUCACACACAAUAAAACGAUUUGUAUGAAAACGUAUGGGUUUUUCGAAAAAUACACACUAACCCUAACCUCAAUAAGACGGAAGCAGAUGGUACAGAAAAUUACAAUUACAGAAUAGAUGGCCAAGUGUAAAUAUAGUUAUUCGCUGCCACGAGAUUGUGUUGGAAUCUGCACUUGUUCGUAUUUAUGAUUGCUGAGAAAAUACUGUAUUUAAAAUAUAUACUAAAACGAAGACUCAGUAUCAGUAGGUUAAACAGAUCCAAUUAUCCAAAAUAUUUCCUUUGCAAGGAACAGUCGUGAUCAAAUUCUGUGGAAUUCUGUUUGACGUUCAUUCCAUGCGUGACUGCUUAUUGCCAAUAUCCGUUAAUGCAAAUGAAGGAUACACUCUAUUGAAAAUGGAUAAAGAGUACAUUUGCACAGCCAUCUGAGGUAGAAACCAGUCACCUCUGCUGCAUUCUGUUCAAAAUUAAGGGCAUGAUAUUAAUAAGAGGCCUGUUUCAUAAACCAAGUUUACCAAAUAGACCGAAACCU